AUGGAUCUUUAUGAAGUCAUGCGGACAACAUUUGCCGCACGGGAAUUUACUGACGAUCCAGUGUCAGAUGAACAGAUUUUCAAGCUGCUCGAGAACGCGCGGUUCGCCCCCAGUGGUGGCAAUCGCCAGGGCUGGCGGGUGGUCAUCGUGCGGGAACAAUCCACUAAAGAUGCGUUGGGUCCAUUAAUAGAACCUACCUUGCGCCGCUACGCCGCUCAGGUCGGCCAUGGUGAAGCACCCUGGAACACGAUUGUGCCAACCACCCUGACGCAAGCAGAAAUUGACGCCACAUCGGUACCGCAUCAACUCAUUAACGCCAUCACCCAGGCACCGGUGGUGUUGAUGGUGUUCGUUGAUCUGGCGGUGGUUGCCUCAUUUGAUAGCGAACUACCGCGAAUUGGCGUGAUUUCCGGCGGUUCGGUAUACCCGUUUGUCUGGAAUAUUCUGCUGGCGGCACGCAACGAAGGUUUGGGCGGGACGUUGACCACCUUUGUUGGCGGUCAGGAAGAUAAGCUGAAAACCCUGCUCAACGUACCUGAUCAAUAUGCCUUCGCCGCGAUGAUUCCUCUGGGCAAGCCAGUGAAGCAGCUGACCAAACUGAAGCGCCGCCCGGUAGAGGCGUUUACCACCUUCGAACGUUUUGAUGGAGGUAAGAAAGACGUCAACUCUGCUUACGCCAGAUACGUUCUGUUUGUGCUCAUUGUGGUGUAUAUCUUCAAUUUCAUUGAUCGUCAGAUCAUUUCUAUUCUGGCAGAAGAAAUUAAAGCGGAUCUGGGUAUUGGAGAUGCCGAGAUAGGUUUUCUUUAUGGGACGGCCUUUGCGAUCUUCUACGCGGUUUUUGGCAUUCCGCUGGGUAAGCUGGCAGAUGUAUGGAACCGAAAGAGCCUGAUUGCUAUCGGUUUAUCCUUCUGGAGUCUGAUGACCGCUUUGUCCGGUUUUGCCAAAAGCUACACUGGGCUUGCCAUCUGUCGCUUUGGUGUGGGUGUUGGUGAAGCCAGCGCAACCCCUGCGGCGUUUUCGAUGCUGUCGGAUUAUUUCUCGCCGCGAGUGCGUGCAACGGUACUGGCGAUUUAUUCCAGUGGUAUCUAUAUCGGCGCGGGUAUUGGUCUGUUCCUCGGAGGGGCGGUGGUGGAAGCCUGGUAUGCCUGGUAUCCCGAUCCAGGUAUGGCGCCGCUGGGGAUUAAACCCUGGCAGGCUGCGUUUCUAACUGUGGGCCUGCCCGGGCUGGUGGUAGCGGUCUGGGUCUGGACGAUAAAAGAGCCGAUCCGCGGUGCCAGUGAAGGCCUGCUGACCACCCCGCAUCCCACGCCUUUCAAGGCUACUCAGAAUACCCUGUUCAGCGUUUUGCCGGGUUUGUCGCUGGUUACCCUUUAUAAGGCUGGCGGUAUAAGAGCGGUCAUGGAGAACCUUGUUGCCCUGGCGAUCAUCACCGGGUUGUUCUUUGUAUUUUAUAUGUUGAUGCCAACGGCUCUGCAGUGGAUAGCCCUUGGCGCUGGCGUCUAUAUCACUGUGAGUUGGGUGCAGUAUCUGCGCCUCAAUGACCCUGCCUGUUUUGCCAUGAUGUUCAAGUCUAAAGCGUUUGUGCUGGCGUCAAUCGGCUUCCCCAGCAUCUCUUUUGUCACUUACGGCCUCGGCUUCUGGUCAGCGCCGUUCAUGCAGCGCGUGCACGGCGAGUCGAUUGCAGAUGCGGGUCUGUAUCUGGGUCUUGGUUCAGCUAUUGGUGGUUUUAUCGGCAUCGUCCUCGGCGGCUUUCUGGCGGAUAUGUGGAAAGCAAAAAACGUCAACGCACGAUUGUAUAUCGGCCUGGCGAUCCCGAUCCUGGCAACGCCAUUCGGUUUGGGCUUCCUUUAUACAGAUAGUGUGCUGGUCGCGUAUCUCUGCAGCUUUGUGUUCAGUAUCUUGUCACCCGCAUGGAUUGGCUCUGGUGCCAGCACCAUUAAUGACCUGGUCAUGCCACGCAUGCGUGCAACAGCGUCUGCAUAUUACGUCCUUAUGAAUACUUUCCUCGGCCUGGCUCUGGGUCCAUACCUGAUUGGCCAGAUCAGCGAUUUGAAUACUGUCGCGGGACAGGCCUCGGAUGAAGCCCUGCGCAAUGCAGUGACCAUGGGACUGGCGGUUUUUCUGUUCAGUAUGUCGUUUCUUUUUCUGGCGCUGCGCUAUCUGCGCAGCGAUGAAGAAAGCCGGCUAUCGCGUGCGCGUGCGUUGGGUGAAGCGGCGCUGAAUGACCCAGAUCUUCUGGGUGAAUGUAUCGCAGGUUGCCAACACGUAAAAAAGAUCGACGAUGAACAUUUUGAUGUCGCGGUUAAAGCCAAAAUUGGCCCGGUCAGCGCUACCUUCCAGGCGGAGCUUGAACUCGCAGAUCUCAAGCCGCCGGAAAGUUAUGUGAUUAAAGGUAACGCUAAAGGGGGAGCCGCAGGAUUUGCGAAAGGUCAGGCUGCCGUCAAGUUGGCCGAAGAUCAGGGCGCUACUGUGCUCACCUAUGAGGUAGCAGCCAAUGUUGGCGGCAAGUUAGCUCAGGUAGGCAAUCGCCUGGUUGAAGGCGCUACGCGAAAAAUGGCGGAUGAUUUUUUUGCCGCAUUUUCUAAACGUCUGGAUCCGAGCGCAGUUGCUGCACCGUCCGCUGAGGAUGCUGUUGAUGUGGCGGAUCAGUAUGAAGAAAGCGGGCAAUGGAAAAUCUGGGCAAUCGCUUUCGGGGCACAUGAGUUUGAUGUGCCGCCAAAUACACUGCUGGUCGAGGUAUUGAGAGGUCAGCUUGAGCUCACCGGCACCCAUGUGGGUUGUGACACUACCCAGUGUGGUGCCUGCACGGUGCACCUGAAUGGUCGCGCGGUGAAGUCCUGCACGGUGCUCGCACCGCAGCUGGAGGGCGUCGACGUGACAACCAUAGAAGGCAUCGGCAACAGCGAAGACCUGCACCCGAUGCAGGCGGCCUUCCGUGAAUGUCACGCGUUGCAGUGUGGCUUCUGCACGCCAGGCAUGAUCAUGCAGGCGAUUGAUCUGGUCGAACAGAACCCGGGUCUGGAUAAGCAGGCUAUUCGCGAAGGUCUGGCAGAAGCAGAAAAUCAGGGUAUAGGCGCGUCGGUCAGGCGGCGUGAGGACUUACGAUUUAUCACCGGUGAAGGUCGUUACACUGACGAUAUAAAUCAGCCAGGCCAGCUGUACGCGGUGUUUUGCCGAAGUCCAUAUCCUCGUGUGCGGAUUAACAGCAUAGACGCGACCGAAGCAUUAGCUUUACCUGGUGUGGUUGCCGUCUACACAGGGCAGCAGCUGGUGGACGACGGUCUUGGUGAUCUGCCCUGUGGUUGGAUGGUCAAGAGCAAAGAUGGCGCAGAUAUGAUUUCUGCGCCUCACCCACCCAUGGCGGCUACGGUGGCUAACUAUGUAGGUGAACCCUAUGCGCUGGUAUUGGCCGAAACACUGCAGAUCGCCAAGCAGGCAGCAGAACUGGUCGAGACAGAUUUCACAGAACUCAAUGCGGUAGUCGAUCUGGCUCACGCGUCGGGUUCAGAGAAUAUUUAUGAGGGUAUUGAGAACAACCUGGCGUAUGAAUGGGCCCUGGGUGAUGAAGAUGCCACCAAAAUGGCGUUUGCCCGGGCGGCACACGUUACCACCCUUGACCUGACUAACAAUCGCCUGAUCCCCAACGCGCUCGAACCGCGGGCCUGUCUGGGUAUUUAUGAGCGUGGAACGGGAGAUUACACACUGUACACCACAAGUCAGAAUCCGCAUCUGGAACGGCUUGUGCUGUCAGCGUUUGUGCAGGUUGCACCUGAACACAAGCUGCGCAUUAUCGCCCCGGACGUAGGUGGAGGAUUCGGUUCAAAAAUCUUCAUCUAUUCUGAAGAAACAACGGUGAUCUGGGCAGCAGGGAAAAUUAAGCGGCCUAUCAAAUGGGUUGCUGAACGCAGCGAAAGUUUUCUUGCAGAUGCCCACGGCCGUGAUCACAUCACGCGCGCGGAACUGGCCAUUGAUGAAAUGGGUCGGUUCACCGGUCUGCGUGUGAAAACCACCGCAAACCUGGGCGCCUAUCUGUCUACCUUUGGCUCUUCUGUACCGACGUAUUUAUAUGGCACGCUGCUCGCCGGCCAGUACAAAACACCAAACGUUUAUGUCGAGGUCCAAGGUACCUACACCAACACGGCACCGGUGGAUGCCUACCGCGGCGCCGGGCGUCCUGAAGCAACCUAUGUGGUUGAGCGAAUUGUGGAUCAGGCUGCGCGGGAGUUGGGGAAAGAUCCCGCUGAUCUGCGCAGAAUGAAUAUGAUUCAGCCUGAAGAUUUUCCUUACGAAACCCCGGUUGCUCUGACUUAUGACACCGGCAACUACGAAGCGAGUCUUGAUAAGGCGCUGGAGAUGAUUGAUUACGCCGGUUUUGAGGCGCGUCAGGCGCAAGCUGCCGAACACGGUAAGCGGCGCGGCAUCGGGCUUGCCUGUUAUAUCGAAGCCUGUGGGCUUGCGCCGUCGAAACUGGCCAUAGAACUUGGUGCCGGUGUGGGGCUGUAUGAAAGCGGUGAGAUACGCAUGAACCCAACAGGUUCGGUCAGUGUUUUUACCGGCUCUCACAGUCAUGGCCAGGGCCAUGAAACCACCUUUGCCCAGGUUGUCUCGGAUAAGCUCGGAGUCGGUUACGAAGAUGUAGAAGUGAUUCACGGUGACACCGGCCGCAUGGAAUUUGGUCUGGGCACCUAUGGUUCGCGGUCGCUGGCGGUUGGUGGCUCUGCGUUGAUUGUUGCGGCGGAAAAGAUCAUCGAGAAAGGCCGUAAAAUUGCUGCCCAUAUGAUGCAGGCGCAGGUAGAACAGGUCGAUUUUGAAAACGGUCAGUUCACUCUGCAGGACAGUAAUCAAUCGAUGUCGAUACAGGAAGUUGCAUUUGCAGCGUAUGUGCCAGCGGAUUAUCCCGAAGAUCUUGAGCCUGGUUUAACCGAAAAAGCUUUUUAUGAUCCUAACAACUUCACUUAUCCCGCGGGCACACAUAUCGCUGAAGUGGAGGUCGAUCUGGACACCGGCGUUGUCCAGCUGGUUGAUUUUGUUGCGGUGGAUGACUUCGGCCACAUUAUUAAUCCGUUGAUUGUCGACGGGCAGGUACAUGGUGGUGUGGCUCAAGGCGCUGGUCAGGCACUGAUGGAACACGGUAUUUAUGAUGAAUACGGUCAGCUGCAGACGGGUUCUUUUAUGGACUACACCAUGCCGCGGGCAGAUGACCUGCCCGAUUUUCGCGUAGAUACGACAGUAACGCCCUGUACCCACAACCCGCUGGGAGUUAAAGGCUGUGGCGAGGCGGGAAUGUAUCCAUUCAACUAUCACAAGCCAGCCAACAUCAGUGAAGCGGUGAGCCUGUUUCGUAACGCCGAUGAUCCGAUGUAUCUCAGUGGUGGUAUGACGCUGAUUCCCACGAUGAAGCAGCGCCUUGCAGCGCCAACUGACCUUAUUGACCUGUCUGACAUUCCGGAAAUGUCAGGAAUCGAGGUUGCGGCGGACAAAGUCCGUAUUGGCGCAUUCACUCGACACAAUCAGGUUGUCAGUUCUCCUGAAAUCAACGGGGCGUUACCUGUUUUGUCGCGUCUGGCGAGUCUGAUCGGUGAUAAUCAGGUGCGUAAUCGAGGCACCAUCGGUGGCUCCGUUGCUAAUAGUGAUCCAUCUGCUGACUAUCCCGCCGCUGUGGUGGGUCUGGGCGCAACGGUAUAUACGCAGGACCGUGCCAUAUCCGGCGAUGAUUUCUUUCUGAAUCUGUUUGAAACAGCUCUGCAUCCCGGUGAAAUUAUUACGCACAUAGAUUUUCCGAUUCCAACUCGAGCGGCUUAUCAGAAGUUUCCUAAUCCAGCUUCGCGAUAUGCUGUGGUAGGCGUGUUGAUUGCAGAUUUCAGCGGCACAAUACGCGUUGGUGUUACCGGCGCAGGGCCUUGUGCCUGCCGCGCCAGUGGCAUAGAAAAGAUGUUGAACCAGGACCUGACUGCUACAGCCAUCGACGCCGUAGAAGUUCCUGAUGCAGGUUUCAACAGCGAUUUACAUGCGUCAGCUGAAUACCGUGCGCACCUGGUCAAAGUUAUGGCGCGCAGGGCGCUGGCUGAUCUGCUGCAACAAUAG